AUGUCUUGGUCCAGCUAUUCUCUCAGUGGCCCUGGAUCUUGGAGCCCCAUGCCUGACCUGCCACUCAUGACCAGAACAGUUCUCCUUCUGUUGAUGGCCUUACCUUCUUCCCUCUGCUUCAACUUGGACAUGGACCAGCCAACAGUCUUCCACAUGGACAGCGCUGGGUUUGGACACAGCGUGGUCCAGUAUGCCGACUCCUGGGUAGUGGUUGGAGCCCCCCAGGAGGUAAAGGCUUCCAACCAAACAGGUGGCCUCUACCGGUGUGCCUACAGCAUGGGCAAGUGUGAGCCUCUUCCUCUGCUGGUUCCCCCAGAGUUUGUGAACGUGUCCCUGGGCCUGUCCCUGGCAGCCACCACCAACCCCUCCCAGCUGCUGGCCUGUGGCCCCACUGUGCACCAUGCAUGCAACAGGAACAUAUACUUGACCGGGUUCUGCUUCCUGCUAACCUCCCCCUCCCAGCAGGUCCAGAGACGCCUGGCUGCUCUGCAGGAGUGCCCAAAGCAGGAACAGGACAUCGUGUUCCUGAUUGAUGGCUCAGGCAGCAUCGCCCCACACGAUUUUGCCAGAAUGUUGAACUUUGUGAAGGCUGUGAUGAGCCAGUUCCAAAGACCCAGUACCCAGUUCUCCCUGAUGCAGUUCUCCCAGAGUUUCCAGAAACAUUUCACUUUCCGUGACUUCAUACGCAGCUCAGACCCACAAGUCCUUUUGAAUGGUGUGAAACAACUGCGAGGGUUGACUUACACAGCUUCAGCCAUCCUAAUGGCCAUGGAGACUAUGUUCAGUGCCACAAAUGGGGCCCGUGAGAAUGCCACCAAGAUCCUCAUCAUCAUUACUGAUGGGCAGAAAGAAGGUGACCCCCAGGACUAUAAGAAUGCCAUCCACAAGUCUGAGGCAGCAGGCAUUAUUCGCUAUGCCAUCGGGGUAGGAUCGGCUUUUCAAAAGACACUUUCCAAGAAAGAAUUAGAAGUCAUCACAUCGGAGCCCUCCCAAGAACAUAUAUUUCAAGUGGAGAACUUUGAUGCUUUGAGAGACAUUCAAACCCAACUGAAGGAGAAGAUCUUUGCCAUUGAGGGUACGCAGUCCACAAGUACUACUUCCUUUGAAUUUGAGAUGUCCCAGGAGGGUUUCAGUGCUGUGUUCACACCUGAUGGACCAGUUCUGGGGGCUGUAGGGAGCUUCAGCUGGUCUGGAGGUGCCUUCUUGUACUCCAAAAAUAUGAACCCCACCUUUAUCAACAUGUCUCAGGAGAAUGUGGACAUGAGAGACUCUUACCUGGGUUACUCCACUGAGUUGGCCCUUUGGAAGGGGAUGCAGAGCCUGGUCCUGGGUGCCCCCCGCCACCAGCACACCGGAAAGGUUUUCAUCUUCACCCAGGUGUUGAGGCAAUGGAAGCUGCAGGCUGAAGUCACAGGGACCCAGAUCGGCUCCUACUUUGGGGCCUCCCUCUGCUCCGUGGAUGUGGACAGUGAUAACAGCACUGACCUGAUUCUCAUUGGGGCUCCCCAUUACUACGAGCAGGCCUGGGGGGGCCAGGUGUCUGUCUGCCCCUUUCCCCAAAGGCAGUCGGCUAAGUGGCAGUGUAAGGCUGUUCUCUGUGGGGAGCAAGGCCAUCCUUGGGGUCGCUUUGGAGCAGCCCUGACAGUGCUAGGGGAUGUGAAUGGGGACAAGCUGACAGAUGUGGCCAUCGGAGCACCAGGGGAGCAGGAGAACCGGGGUGCUGUCUACAUAUUUCAUGGAGCAUCAGGACUGGACAUCAGCCCCUCCCACAGCCAGAGGAUCACAGGCUCCCAGCUCUCUCUAGAACUGCAGUAUUUUGGGCAGUCACUGAGUGGGGGUCAGGAUCUCACCAAGGAUGGGCUUGUGGACCUGGCUGUGGGGGCCCGAGGACACGCGCUGCUGCUCAGGACCAGGCCUGUGCUCAGUGUGGGGGUAAGCAUGAACUUCACACCUGCAGAAAUUGCAAGGUCCGUGUUUGAGUGUCGGGGGCAGGUAGCCUCUGUCCAGGAGCUGGGUAAUGCCGUAGUCUGCCUUCAUAUUGACUCAAGUUUCAAGAACCAGCUUGGUGACCUCCAGAGCUCUGUGACCUUUGACCUGACCCUUGACCCAGGCCGCCUGAGUCCCCGUGCCAUCUUCAAAGAAACAAAGACUUGGAAUCUGACCGUAGUCCAAGACCUUGGGCUUGGUCAGCAUUGUAAGGCUGUGAAGUUGCUCCUCCUGGCCUGUGUGGAAGACUCAGUGACCCCCAUCACCUUGCGUCUCAACUUCUCCCUUGUGGGCAAGCCCAUUCCUUCCUCUGGAGACCUCAAGCCCAUGCUGGCCGUGGAUGCUGAGAGAUACUUCAUGGCCUCUCUACCCUUUGGGAAGAACUGCGGGACUGACCAUGUCUGCCAGGAUGACCUUGGUAUCUUCUUUAGCUUCUCAGGCCUGAAGACCCUGGUGGUCGGGAGUAACCUGGAGCUGAACGUGAAAGUGACAGUGUGGAAUGACGGCGAGGAUUCCUAUGGAACUAAAAUUACCUUCUUCUACCCUGAAGGGCUGUCCUAUCGACGUGUAACAGAGGUCCAGAGCCAGCUGCACCUCUCCCUGCGCCUGACAUGUGACAGCACCCCAGCCGAGAGUCAGGGCCUUCAGAGCACCAGCUGUGGCAUCAACCACUUCAUCUUCCGUGAGGGCAUCCAGAUCACCUUCGUAGCCACCUUUGACAUCUCCCCCAGGGCUGUGCUGGGAGACCAGCUGCUUCUGUAGGCCAAUGUGAGCAGUGAGAAUAACACCCCCAGGACCAACAAGACCACCUUUCUGCAGAAGCUCCCUGUGAAGUAUGCCGUCUACACCGUGAUCAGCAGCCAUGAGCAAUCCACCACGUACCUCAACUUCUCAGACUCAGAGGAGGAAGGAAGCAGUGUGGUCAAACAUAGAUACCAGUUGAACAACCUAGGACAGAGGGACCUGCCUGUCAGUAUCAACUUCUGGGUGCCCGUGGAGCUGAACCAGGUGGCUGUGUGGACAGACAUUGAGGUCCUUCAACUCCAGAAUAUGUCCGUUUCAUGCCCUUCAGACAAAAUAGAGCCCACAGAGUCUGACUUCCUGACCCAUAUUCAGAAGAAUCCUGUGCUGGACUGCUCCAUUGCAGUCUGCAAGAGGUUCCAUUGUGACAUCCAGUCCUUUGACAUCCAAGAGGAACUUGACUUCAUCCUGAAGGGCAACCUCAGCUUUGGGUGGGUCAGCCAGACACUGCAGAAGAAGAUAUUGGUCGUGAGUGUCGCUGAAAUCACAUUCGACAGAGCCAUGUAUUCCCAGCAUCCAGGACAGGAAGCAUUUAUGACAGCCCAGAUUGAGACAGUAUUGGAGAAAUAUGAUGUAUACAACCCAAUUUUCCUUAUCAUGGGUGGCUCCGUGGGAGGUCUGCUGCUACUGGCUCUCAUUGCAGCCACACUGUACAAGGUUGGCUUCUUCAAACGCCAGUACAAGGAAAUGUUGGAGGAAGCAAGGGGAGAGAAUGCCCCAGAAAAUGGGAAAUCAAACUCCCUAGUUGCCAAAUAAGCAACUCUUGCUCCUACCUCCAGUUCUCCUUUGGACUUGCUCUCCCCUCAGAGAUUUUCCAGUCCUCUUACUCUCACCUAAGUCAGGCCCAAGGAGAAAGAAACAUUCCCCGUGAGGGAGGUUGGGAUCAGGCUGCUUUUAGCCUUUUAGAAACCUUGCCUGGGAAAGGCCAUUCGUCUCAUCAAAGCUCUAACUAGAAACUCCCACCAUAGAGACCCUGCGGUGCCCCCCCAGCGGUCUUGGCUUGGAAUUUCUUCCUAGAAAUACAUGGACAAUAGCCCCAGACUCCAGUCUCUGUUCUUGCACUAGUCACCAGUGUUGUUUGUUACAAACCACUUGUCCUCACCCAUCUUCAGUGGCUCCCUGUUGCUUUCAGGAUAAUGUCUGAACUCUCCAGCCUGGUGUUAGAAAUCCAGUUUACGCUCUGUGCCUCCAUUUCAUCCUUGUUUCCACUAAAAUACAGUCAGCAUUGGGUCUUAGCUUCAUCUUGGUAAUCUCAGCCCAGAUUUCUCAAACUGAAUUGGGAAUGAACUGGUCGCACAUUGGAACUCAUAACCCUGCCUCCCCUACAUUGGUCACCAUUGCUGGCUGGCAGGGAGGAGUGUCCCCUUAUCAGCAGCAUUGCCCCAAUGCCACUGUAGCUCAGUCCAUUCCAGGGCCUCUCAGAGGUCAAAAGAGGCCCAGGCCACUUUCUUUCUUUCUUUUUUUUUGAGGCUCCAAAUAUAUUAAAACUAUGAAGGAUGUCAGAAAAUGAUUACCAAGAAAUGUGUAUUUUAAAUGUUUCCUUUAACAAAUUAGCAUAUACAAAAUGAUGUGUGUACCUUUCUUGGGAAUUAUGUCAAAGGUCUAAAUUAAGGCUUUUUAUGGAUGU